AUGGCGUCCUCGAACAGGCACUGGCCAAGCAUGUACAGGUCCAGCCUUGCCUGCAACAUCCAGCAGCCGCAGCCUGACAUGAACAACGGCAGCGGCAAGUCCUCCUUGAUGUCCUCAAGGUGCGAGGAGAGUAAUGGAAGGAGCCUGGAGCCGAGGCCGCGGUGGAAUCCGCGGCCGGAGCAGAUCAGGAUCCUGGAGGGGAUCUUCAACUCCGGCAUGGUGAACCCGCCGCGCGACGAGAUCCGGCGCAUCCGCCUCCAGCUGCAGGAGUACGGCCCCGUCGGCGAUGCCAACGUCUUCUACUGGUUCCAGAACCGCAAGUCCCGCACCAAGCACAAGCUGCGAGCCGCGGGGCAGCUGCAGCCGUCCGGCCGCGCCGCCCUGGCGCGAGCUUGCUCGUCGUCGACGGCGCACGCCCCCGUGACGCCGCCGCGGCACCUGCUCGCCGCUCCCGUGGCGCCCACCUCCUCAUCUUCAUCCUCCGACAGGUCCUCCGGGUCGAGCAAGUCGGUGAACCCGGCCGUCGCGCUGACGUCUCCCGCGGCGGGCAUCCAGGGCUUGCUUCCGGCGACGCCCAUGGACUUUCUUACGGCGGCGCCGGCGCCUGCUCUCGCCGCACGCCAACUCUAUUACCAGAGACAGCUCGUGGCGCCUGCCGCGCCGCCGACGAUGCCCGAGCUUAUCGGCUCCCCCGAGCCCCUCCUGCAGUGGCAGCAAGGCCAGUACCUGCCGGCCACCGAGCUCGGCGGCGUCCUUGGCGCCCAUGCGAACGCGCUGGCCAUGCAGCCUGCCAUCUCGCCCAGCGUGCUCUUGGGCCUAUGCAACGACGCAUUAGGGCAACAAUACAUCGACAUAAGCUGCUCCAAGGGACUUGGCCAUGGCCAGUACUGGAGCAACACCUGCGGUACUGAGCUGAGCAACAAGACUGACGCGGUGAGCGCCGUGAUCAGGGACGACGAGAAGGCGAGGCUGGGGUUACUGCACUACGGCUUCGGUGUCACCACCCCCACCGCUGCUGCUGCCACUUCUUCGGCGCCUCUUGCCGCUCCUGUGCAUGCUGCUGUUGCUGCUGCGGCAGAUGCUAGUACGGCCAUGCUUCCAAGUUCUGCGCCGAGCAACGUGGCUGCCACGACCGCCGUACUCACCGAUCAGUUGCAAGGGCUGUUGGAUGCUGGAUUGAUCGGAGGGACGCCGCCGACGGCGACGGUGGUGGUGGCCGUGGUCAGGGACGCCAUGAUGUGCACGAGCACCUCGCAGUUCAGCGUCCCGGCGAUGCGCCUCGACGUGAAGCAGUUCGGCGAGGCGGCCGUGCUGCUGCGCCACACCGGCCACCCGGUCCUCGUCGACGACUCAGGUGUCACCGUCGAGCCGCUCCAGCAGGAUGCUCUCUACUAUGUGCUGGCGACUAACUGA